AUGGAGGCCUCCGGCGCUGUGAAAGUAACAGCACCAAAGGUGCCAAGAUCCGCUCAAUCACGUGCGAACAUGCCAAUCGUCAGGGUAGCAAAUUCCCUUAGAACUACCCAAAUAGUGCGGCUUUCUACCAUGUCAUCUGCUGGGGCGCUGAACGAUGAUGUCGUUGGCCAGAAGUUCAAACCAGAGUCUGAAUGCAAGCUCCGGCAAGGCUUGAUGUUCUGGCCUGUUUCUUGUGAAAAGCAAAUGUUAAUCCGUAGAGAGUUCUGUUAUUUCUUCGUGCAUGCCGCACGGUGGACCUCGACCGCCCUCAACGAAGUCCCUCCUCACCUUGCCAGUCCCUAUUCUUACGAACAGCAAUGCGUCUCACAAUUUGCACAACAUCCUAAAAUCGAGGCACCACCAAUACCCUUUCCAUCUGAGCCGCCCGGCCCGGCCGAGAUGGCAUCGAGCAACGAAAAAAGCCAGCUCAAGCGUGGCCGAGUAUGUCUCCAUGUGCCCCAAUCCCAAGGCGAGCAGACAGAACCUAAGAAACCACGCCGCUCGCCGCGAAACCAGCAGGAUGCUGAACCUCACCACAACCAAGCCCAGCUCCCAUCCCCGCUUACUCAUAAAGAUUCCAAGGGCUCGACGGCGACAGACGAGUUCAAAGAGGGUACCCUCACUCCUCCCAGCCAACGCCCGAGUCAGAAUAUUCGCUCUGCACCUACCCGGAGCCCGCGUGCUCCCGUCGGCCUAUCCUCACCACCCUCUGACACACAACCUUUCUCGCAAUUCGUCUACCCUCCGCAAAACCGGACCUACGCCGUGGAUGAUGAAGAGGGCGAAGGCGUUUGGGGAUACUUGGUGCCAUUAGAUCACCGAUCCGGUGAUGUUCUUGUUCUCCGCCGAAGGACUGCCUGCCCAGGCCCAGAAAGCAAAGUUGGCAAGGCUUCCGGCAAAGAGCGAGUUCCCCGGAAAACCUAUAAGCGCCAAGAGGAAGACUAUGAGACGGAAAAGCGAGAAAGUGGAAUUUCUGCUGGCGGGUAUCUCAUCGGACGGCACCCUGAGUGUGACCGCGUGCUAAACUCCCCGACCGUGUCAAACCGGCAUUGUCUCUUAUUUAGCGAGAACAAAGGCGGUGACACCGUCGGCGUCUUGGAGGACAUCUCAGGGAAUGGCACCUUCGUCAACGACUCCCUUGUUGGCCGAAACAAGCGACGAGAAUUAAACGAAGGCGACGAAAUCGGCAUUCUCGAUGAGGCUCGCUAUGUCUUCCGGUAUCCUCUUAAUCGCGAUACCAGCGCCUUUCGGCAACAAUACACUUUGCAGGAGCAAUUGGGGAAGGGUCAUUUCGCCUCAGUAUACUUGUGUGUCGAGAAGAAUACGGGCGUUCGUUACGCUGUGAAAAAGUUUGAGAAGCGUUCUGGUCCGGGAGAGAAGUCAAAGGUGGAUGGCCUUCAGCAAGAAAUUGCCGUGCUCAUGGGAGUCAGCCACCCGGCAUUACUCUGCUUAAAGGACACAUUUGAUGAGGAGGAUGGCGUUUAUCUUGUGCUUGAGCUUGCUUCUGAAGGCGAACUGUUUAACUGGAUCGUGAUGAAACAAAAACUUACUGAGACAGAAGCUAGAAAGGUCUUUGUGCAGCUAUUCCAAGGUGUAAAGUAUCUGCAUGAGCGCAACAUCGUCCACCGCGACAUUAAGCCCGAGAACAUACUUCUUACCGACAAGGAUCUGCACGUCAAGCUUGCGGACUUUGGGCUUGCCAAAAUCAUUGGGGAAGAGUCUUUCACAACCACACUAUGCGGGACUCCAUCUUAUGUCGCCCCAGAGAUUUUGGAAAGCUCCAACCACCGCCGCUACACCCGAGCUGUUGAUGUCUGGUCUCUUGGCGUUGUCUUGUACAUUUGCUUAUGCGGCUUUCCCCCAUUUUCCGACGAGCUAUACAACCCCGAGAAUCCGUAUACGCUGUCCCAGCAAAUCAAGAUGGGCCGCUUCGACUACCCCUCUCCGUAUUGGGACUCGGUCGGCGAUUCUGCGCUCGAUCUGAUCGACCGCAUGCUGUCUGUUGACGUUGACCAACGUAUCACGAUUGAGCAGUGCUUGGAGCAUCCAUGGACUACCCGACAGGAUAUUAACCCGAACGAUAGUACCGACGGCCUGACAGGUGCGAUUGCGAACCUCGACUUCUCCAAACGCAAGCCCCAACGUGAGCGGACGCUACUUAGCAGUAUGAACGACAUUCGAGUCACGAGAGUUAUUGAAGGUCCAACUGGACAGAAUGCAGUGAAGGUAUACGAGAAGAACCCUCCAAAGAUGAGUAGCAAGCAAAAUGGCAAGGCGAAAGGAGCCGUGAAGGAGACCACGCCGUCUGCAAAUCGUGACCCGGACGAAUUCAUCCAGCUCGGCGGUAAAGGGGACCAGGAACUCUAUGAAGAUGGAUCCCGUUAUGUUCCGGAUGAGGUGGUUAAGGCCGGCAAAGCUGGCAAUAGAGCGCAUAUGAGGGCGAUUCUAGAGGAACAGACAGGCGUCAUGGGAAUUUUUGGCGGGGAAAUUCACUCUUCGUACAUAAGAAGCUCCUAUAGGCCAGACCAUGAAAUUUCCAUAAAUGGAAUCAGGCUUUUAGUUCCUUGCUAUGGGGGGUUCGAAGCACGGCUUGAGGCGCUACAGAGUACCAGAAGCCAAUUGAAGCUUCGAGCUAGCAGUAAAUGUCAAUUGCUCCUGGGGCAAAUGUGUGUUUUGCGGCUUUUUGUGCUAGUGACAGGCGACUGUUCUCAGCACUGCGGAACGGAUAAUCAGCGUAUAACGGCGGUGUCUGACAUUUUCCUUUCCGGAGAGCGUGCUCCCGGAUCGGCCAGUCUUGGCGGGUGGAUGGCGAGUUUUCGUCACUGGCCGGGGGACCAUCUCGAGUGGCUCGAGCGCGGAGCGGUGUCCGCCCAAACAACACACACACAACCUCCCCCUCCCGACUCUCCUCGCGCGCUCCUUGUUCCUGAAGUUCGUGCAAGAAUGGGCGUUCUUGCUGAGAUUGCCGGCCCAUUGGGCGAUUUCACCGCGACUGCGAGCCUGCCCGUGCUGGUAGUGGCCGGUGUUGCCUCCUUUAUUGUCCUUGCCAUCGUGCUCAAUGUGCUGAAGCAAUUGCUCUGGAAGAACCGCAAUGAGCCCCCCGUGGUCUUCCACUGGAUACCCUUCCUCGGCAGCACCAUCACCUAUGGCAUGGAACCGUACAAGUUCUUUUUCUCCAACAGGGAGAAGUAUGGCGAUGUCUUCACCUUCAUCCUCCUCGGAAAAAAGACUACGGUCAUGCUAGACACGAAAGGCAACAACUUUAUCCUGAAUGGGAAGCUCAGGGAUGUGAACGCCGAGGAGGUCUAUGGCCCGCUCUGCACACCCGUGUUUGGCAAGGAUGUUGUCUACGACUGCCCCAACUCGAAGCUCAUGGAGCAGAAGAAGUUCGUCAAGUUCGGCCUCACCCAAGAUGCCCUUCGCUCCUAUGUAAAGUUAAUCACGUCCGAGGUCGAGGACUUCCUCAAGCGUCACAAGCAGUUCAAGGGACAGAAGGGCGCUUUCAAUGUGCCCAAGGUCAUGGCCGAGCUUACAAUCUAUACCGCGUCACGCUCUCUCCAAGGCGAGGAAGUCCGCAAUAGCUUCGAUGCAAGUUUCGCCGAGUUGUACCACGACCUCGACAUGGGCUUCUCUCCGAUCAACUUCAUGCUGUCCUGGGCUCCGCUACCACACAACCGUGCACGUGACAAGGCCCGGGAGAAGAUGAUCCAGACUUAUUCCGAUAUUGUCAAGAAGAGGCGGUCCGGAGCUGUGAAGAAAGAUUCGCACGACAUGAUCUGGCAUCUCAUGAACUGCAAGUACAAAGACGGCACCCCGGUUCCCGACCACGAAAUUGCAGGUAUCAUGAUUGCGCUUCUCAUGGCUGGACAGCACUCUUCGUCUUCUACCAUCGCCUGGAUCUUGCUUCGUCUCGCUUCCAAACCCGAAAUCGUUGAGGAGCUGCUCGCGGAGCAGAAAGCUGUCCUCGGUGAAAAUCUCCCACCUCUCUCUUACGAUGAUCUGUCCAAGCUCCCUCUUCACGCCCACACAGUUAAGGAGACCCUUCGCAUGCACGCUCCCAUCCACUCCAUCAUGCGCCAAGUCAAACAACCCAUGGUCGUCGAAGGCACAAAUUACACCAUCCCCGCCAACCACACCCUCAUGUCCUCACCCGGCGUCUCGGCCAACAUGUCCGAACACUUUGUCAAUCCAUCCAAUUGGGACCCGCAUCGCUGGGACGCUGGUCUGGCUGCUAAAUUCGAAGGCCAGAACGACGAAGAUACGAUCGAUUACGGGUGGGGUAUUGUAUCCAAGGGAACCCAAUCUCCAUAUCUUCCAUUCGGUGCAGGACGGCAUAGGUGUAUUGGUGAACAGUUCGCGUAUGUUCAACUCCAGACUAUUCUCGUUGCGUUUGUGAGAGAAUUCAAGAUGCAGAAUCUGGGUGGGAGUAGGGAGAUUGUGGCGACGGAUUAUUCGUCGUUGUUCUCGCGUCCGCUGGCUCCAGCGUUGGUGGAGUGGGAGAGGAGGGGUAAGGAAUUGUAAGUGCAGCGGCUCCAUGCAGAGGUAAUAUGGUAUAUCAAUGCAAGGUCAAUGGAGGGAUUAUGUAGAUAUUAGGGAGUGGGGGUGGAUACUUCCGUGCAUGCAUGAUGACGGGUGUUGGUGGCGUGGUGAGAUGGAUGGGUCCGCUGCAGGUGCGUGGCGUGGAUCUUGAUGCAAGAUUCGGUUUGAUUCGAUGCAGGAACAUAACACUCUGGCAGUGGCGUUGAUGAAAUGCCCGGUGCCUUGCUUUAGGACAUUUUGGAAGCUCUUAAU